AGGCCAGACUGAGAGGUUAUAAUCACAGUGAAGUAAUCUCACCUGCUGAGUUUUAGUGUCAGGAAUCACCUCAGGCCUCAGAUUCUCUGAAACCAUGUCGCGUCGUGACUCUGCGUGGCUCCUGCUCUUCUUCUGCGUGUCCACAGCUGUUGGAGUCCCCAUACAACCCCCCCAGGGUACUGCUGCUCCUGACACAGGUAACGUCACAGUGACUCUGAAGCUCGACGAGCAGCAGCUAAAUACUUCACAGCCUUCAGAAGUCAGUGCUCAGCUGUUCAAUGAUACCCACAAUGCAACUCUUCCAUCACCAGGUGGUGGAUCCGUUUCCGUCAAGCUUGGGCCGCCGCAGAGAGUCAGCUCCGAAACUUUAGAGGAGCUUCAAGAAGACCUGAUCGUCCAAGAAGGAGACAUUCUGAUGCCGGAGGACAGGAACGCUGUGGAGAGCCUGUGGCAGGACGCCAUGGUCCCCUACUCCAUCAGUUAUGAACUGGCUGAUCGAGAGUCGAACAUCGACGCUGCCUUCACAAUGAUCUCAAACUUCACAUGUAUUCGCUUCAAAAAACACACGACGGAGCUGAACUACCUGAACAUCAAGGACGGGAGAGGCUGUGCGUCCUACGUGGGCUGUCGAGGAGGAGCCCAGGCGCUGUACUACGGUCGGUCGUGCAGCGAGGGGAACCUUUGCCAUGAGCUGGUCCACGCACUGGGACUACAUCACGAACACACCCGCUGGGACCGGGACCAGUACGUCAGCGUGCAGUGGCAGAGCAUCAUGCCAGGGAGACAAAAUAACUUCAAGGUGAAACAUGGGGACACUCUGAAUCUGCCGUAUGACGUAAACUCCAUCAUGCACUACGGAUGGUAUUUCUUCAGUCAGGACGGGGGUCCCACUUUGUUGCCCAAGACGGGCGGAGAGCACAUGGGUCAGAGGGCCCAUCUCAGUCAGCUGGACAUCCGGAAACUCAACUCGCUCUACCACUGUGAUGAGCGGAAGAAAUCCCAGUGAGCCGGGCGGCCUGCUGCUGGUUUGUGCCUUGAGAUUUAAUAAAAUGAUAUUUAAGAACAAAGAA